AUGGCUCCGAAUCGAAACGUAACACGAUCACAUGACUCCUACCAUGCUCAUGGUAUGAAUGAUGCAACAACUCCUCCAUCCACCAACCACCAUGAAUCUCCAGAACAACCAGUUAGAACAUGGAACAAUCCAAACAGCACGACCAAGAAUAUCACAACAACUUGUCGUCAUGACGACAUGAAUAUCAUUUAUCAAUCUCUCAAAUCAUUCAUGAAUCGAUAUUUAAUUGUACCAACUCUCUAUGUCAAACAAUUCAUUGUAAAUAAUAUUCAACAUGGUGAUGAAUUUGGUGGUGUUUUGAAAUAUAUUCAAUGUUUGAAUCGAAUUAUUCAAUUGAUGAAAUUAAUUUAUGAAAAUUAUUAUCAUUCAUCAUGUUAUUUAGAUGAUGAGAAUUUAGAUGAUAAUAUAGAUGAUCCAUACAAUUUACAAGAGAAGAAUAUCAACAAUAAUGAAAUUCUACUUGAUUCUCAUUUCGUUGAGAGUCUUGUAUUAUUGAAUUUCAUAUUUGGAAAUGUUAAAUAUUUACAAAUAUUAUAUUUUCAUGGAAAAAGGAAUGCACAUAUUGAAAAUCAAAUAGAAUUAUUAAAUGUAUUAUUACAUACAUUAAAUGUAGAGAAUGAUAGUAUGGAUAGUUUUAGUACUAUUAAUACUAGGAACGAUCAUUCACAUUUCAAUCAUACCAUGAACAACAAUAUCCACAACCACAAUAAUUAUAAUAACAAUAAUAAUAACAAUGAUAACAACAACAACACUACUACAAUCAAUCCUACACUUUCAACACUUUAUCAAAAUCUAUUACAAAUUAUUAUUGAAAUGAAUUGGAAAGAAAUCUAUCAAGAACAAUAUUUAACAUUAUUCUUUACAUUCAAUCAAACUCAUCUUCAACAAUCUCUCAAACAAGAAUUAGAUGAAAUGAUUGUAUCGAACUUUUUUGAAACAUGUACUCAACAAUUAUCUCAAAAAAGAUUACAAUUUAAAUCCAUGAUGAAUGGUUUGAAAAAACGAAAGGAUCAUUCAACAACAAUUAUUCAUCAUCCUCAUCAUUCAACAACAAUUCAUUAUCCUCAUCAUUCAACAACUCAACCAUUCAUCAUCCACAACAACUCAACCAUUCAUCAUCCACAACAUUCUCACUCAUUACAAAAUAACAAGACACACCCUCAACACUUUCACAAACAUGAUCUUUUAGAAUCCAAUCCUUACAAAUCUCAACACACAUUACAUUCUCUUUUUCAAUCGUUUCAAAUUGAUUAUCAUACUCUCAUGAAAUUGAGUCAUUUAAUUGAACAUGCUCAUCAAAAUGUCUAUUUAUUAGAUUUAUUAUUUCAUUUAACAUGUUUAAUUAUUAAAACAUCCAAUCAUGAAUAUAGACAAGUGAGUGAUGUAUUAAAAGAUAAAUCGAAUGAAUUGAUGGUCAUUGGUGCUAAAAUAAGAUUAUAUUGUGAAAGUUAUUUGAAUAGAAAGAAGGAAUGGAAGAAUGAUCAUUUCAUCAAUCACAAUAAUAAUCAUCACAACAAUAACAAUCAUCACAAUAAUCAUCAUAACAAUCACAACAAUAAUAAUACCAUUCAUCAAUUACAACAUCGAUUCAACAAGUUAAUGAAACAUGAUCCAAUCCAUUCCAUGACUACCACGAAUGCAACGACUACUAAAACGUCAACGACUACAACCACUAAUACUACUACUAAUACUACUACUUCAACCUCACUCUCAAACACUCCCUUAACAAAUAAUGAUGAAAAUAGUUCUUCCCAUCAUCUCAAAUAUCAUUCUUUGAAUAUUUUAGAUCAAUUAGAACAAGAAUUGAAUCAACUCGAAGAUUUCUUAACAAAUUCUAUUGCAAAAAAAGAAUUAUGUUGUGUGGAAUAUUUGAAAUCUCAUCGAUAUGCUCCUUUUAAAAAGAUGGAUCCAAAGAAUGGAACUCUCUUGUGGAAUUCUCAAGUGAUCAAUAGUGGUGUGAAUAUUCAUCCCACAACAACAACAACCAAGAAACAUGAUAAACAGGAUGAUAAUUUCAACACCACCACUAGUAAUACUACUACUACUAGUUUGGAUGAACUCAUUUCUGUCAUUCCAGCUUACUUGGUGUUGAACCGCCAAAGUUUAUAA